AGACAGAAGAGACAUAGAUGUGGGCGGCGUCUGCGGCAUCCGUAUCAUAGCAGCCGAAACUUUUUCGCUUGGCGCCGUUGCCCUGUAUCACCAGUAGCUCAAAAACUCCAGUAGGACGCUUUUCAGCGAAGUUUCACAACAUGGCAUCAGGGGAGGAUGGUUCCAAAAGAAAAGUGGCGUUAAUUACGGGAAUUACUGGGCAGGAUGGAUCUUACCUUGCGGAAUUUCUUCUUGGAAAAGGCUAUGAAGUUCAUGGAAUAAUUCGUAGGUCCAGCUCUUUCAACACAGGUCGAAUUGAGCAUCUGUACAAGGACCCCAAGACCCAUCAGCAAGGAUCCAUGCAACUCCACUAUGGUGACCUAACGGACAGCCUGUGUUUAGUGAAGCUUAUUAGGCAGACAAAUCCCACAGAAAUAUACAACUUAGGUGCCCAGAGUCAUGUAAAAGUCUCUUUCGACUUGAGUGAGUACACGGCCAAUGUGGAUGCAAUCGGCACCCUGCGUAUCUUGGAAGCAAUCAGGGUGUGUGGUUUGGAACACAAGGUGAAGUUCUACCAGGCUUCAACUAGUGAGCUAUAUGGAAAAGUUCAAGAGAUACCACAAAAGGAGACUACUCCAUUUUAUCCUAGGUCACCAUAUGGUGUUGCAAAACUGUACGGAUAUUGGAUUGUUGUUAACUACAGGGAAGCCUACAACAUGUUUGCUGUAAAUGGCAUACUCUUCAAUCAUGAGAGUCCCAGGAGAGGUGAGACAUUUGUCACAAGAAAAAUCAGUAGAUCUGUUGCAAAGAUUCAUUUGGACCAGUUGGAAUGCUUUGAGUUAGGCAACCUAGACUCAAAGCGGGAUUGGGGCCAUGCAAAGGAUUAUGUUGAGGCUAUGUGGCUAAUGCUUCAAGAAAAGGAGCCAAGUGAUUUUGUGAUUGCCACCGGUGAAUACCACAGCGUCCGCGAGUUUGUUGAAGUGGCUUUCAAGCACAUUGGCCGAACUAUUGUGUGGGAAGGCUCAGGCCUGGAUGAAGUUGGAAAAGAAAAGGAAAGUGGUGCUGUAAGAAUAAAGGUCAACCCAAAGUAUUUUCGCCCUGCAGAAGUGGACUUCUUGCUUGGAGAUGCCAGCAAGGCCAAAGAGAAACUUGGUUGGGAAAGGAGGAUCUCAUUUCAGGAGCUAGUCAAAGAAAUGGUCGAUUCUGACAUUGCCUUGAUGAAGAAGAACCCAUCUGCAUAGGACCUCUUCAGAAGUUGUGCCUGCCAGAAUGUGAUCUUUUUAUGUGGAUCCUCAGAAGGACAUUCCUGCAGAAAACUGGAUAGUAGGCACGGUUCACAUGCCUUUGAAGGGCACAGUCAUUUUAUAAAGUGUUUUUUCAUACCAUUA